ACAGGUACAGCCAGCGGCGGUCGGCAGGUAUAGCCAGCGGCGGCUGGCAGUGCGUUUAGAAGGCUAGGGCGGGCUCGGCCGCUUGGAGUUGACUCCCCGGUCUGGGAACUCCGGUCCCCGCCACGCAGGCGGGUCGGUCGGCGCUCCACUUUACACGGUGGCAGCCAGAGGCUCAGGCUGUCCGCGCGGAAGAAGGGAGGACCGCGCCUUGCUCUUGGGCGGCGACCACUUGGGCUGGGUCCUGAUGCCUGCUGCCCGCGGCGGGCCCCUCUCCGAACCCCGGACUUAGGCAGCUCCGGUGGCGGGAGCCGGCACCUCCCCCAUGCUGCUUGGAGCGUCCUGGCUGUGCGCGUCCAAGGCGGCCGCCACUGCUGCGCAGAGCGACGGUGACGAGGACAGGCCGGGCGAGCGGCGGCGGCCGCGGGCGCCGGACUCGGGGACCGGAGAGGACAUGGACGAGUCAUCGCUCCUGGACCUGCUGGAGUGCUCCGUGUGCCUGGAGCGUCUGGACACCACCGCCAAGGUGCUGCCAUGCCAGCACACCUUCUGCCGCCGCUGCCUGGAGAGCAUCGUGUGCUCCCGCCACGAGCUGCGCUGCCCUGAGUGUCGCAUCCUGGUGGGCUGCGGUGUGGACGAGCUGCCCGCCAACAUACUGCUGGUGCGCCUGCUGGACGGCAUCCGGCAGAGGCCCCGCGCGGGCACCAGCCCUGGCGGCAGUCCGCCUGCGCGCCCUGGUCCUAGUAUGUCCCCUGGACUCGUGGGCGGCGGGGGCGGCGCGGCUGGCAGCGCCCCUGGCUCCCCGGUCUUCCUCACGGCGGGCGCGGGCAGCGCCACCUCCAGCCUGUGCGAACUGGUGACCAACAGGAGCGCAUCAAUGGUCAAGAAUCUAUCCAAGCUUCCCUAUGGCAAGGCACUCUACAGCUAUGAGGGAAAAGAACCUGGUGACCUCAAGUUCAACAAGGGGGACAUCAUUAUCCUGCGGCGCAAGGUAGAUGAGAACUGGUACCACGGGGAACUGCAGGGCACACAUGGCUUCCUCCCAGCCAGUUACAUCCAGUGUGUCAGGCCCUUGCCGCAGGCCCCACCCCAAGGCAAAGCACUUUAUGAUUUUGAGAUGAAGGACCGAGACCAAGACAAAGAUUGUCUAACCUUCACCAAGGAUGAAGUUUUAACUGUGAUUCGAAGAGUGGAUGAUAACUGGGCAGAAGGCAUGCUAGGAGACAAGAUUGGCAUUUUCCCCCUCCUGUAUGUGGAGCUCAACGACUCGGCCAAGCAGCUCAUUGAGAUGGACAAGCCAUGCCCAAUUGCUGCCACUGCCUAUAGCUGUGAUGCUCCUUUGCCUUCUGACUCCAGCGCAGCAGCCAACGUGGUCUCAAGUCCCACCCUAAGUAGCUUAGGUGCGGUCAGCGCUUUUCAGCGGCGUGUGGACAGCAAGAAGAAUGCCAAGAAGCGCCACUCCUUCACUGCACUCAGUGUGACACACAAAUCCUCGCAGUCUUCCAGCCACCGACACUCCAUGGAAAUUAGUGCUCCCGUGCUGAUCAGUUCCAGUGACCCACGUGCUGCAGCCAGGAUCGGAGAGCUUGCCCAUCUGUCCUGCAUUGCACCCACCCAGGACUCCUCCUCAGCUGGACCCAUCCCCACGGCCAUCCAGCAAGCUGCCACAGUGGCUGGAGAACAGGGCACAUCUCCCAAAGUCCAGCUGCCCCUCAACGUGUAUCUGGCCCUCUAUGCCUACAAGCCCCAGAAGAAUGAUGAACUAGAGCUGCGCAAGGGCGAGAUGUACCGUGUGCUGGAGAAGUGCCAGGACGGCUGGUUCAAGGGGGCUUCACUAAGAACUGGGGUCUCCGGGGUGUUCCCUGGAAACUAUGUGACACCUGUCUCCAGGGUUCCUGGAGGAGGUACUGGGUCACCCCGAAAUAAUGUGCUUGGAGGGUCUCCGCUGGCCAAGGGAAUGGCCACAACCAUGCACCCUGGCGGUGGAAGUCUGAGCAGCCCAGCUACUGUCAACAGGCCUGUCCUUCCCCUCACCACACCACAGUCCCACAUGCAGCACCCAGCUGCCUCCCUGCCAACAGGCAGCUGCCUUCGGCAUACAGCCCAGCCAACAGCCAGCCAGGCACGAGGCACUAUACCAACAGCUGCCCACCCCUCCGCCCAGGCCCAGAAUCGACCAGCUGCCACCGUGUCACCACUGCGCACUCAGAACUCUCCAUCCCACCUGCCCACCACGAGCCUCAGACCCCGUUCUGUGGUGUCCCCACAACAUGGCCAGCAGCCCCCGAUACAGAUGUGCCCCCGGCCAGCCAUCCCCCUCACCUCAGCAGCAUCAGCCAUCACGCCUCCCAAUGUCAGUGCUGCCAACCUCAAUGGCGAGGCUGGAGGGACACCCGUCAGUAGCAUGUCCACAUCCAGCUCCACCAACACAGGGUGCAAGACAGAUGACAAGAAAAAUGAGAAGAAGGAGAAGAAGAGUGGGCUGCUGAAACUGCUAACGGGGGCAUCCACCAAGAAGAAGUCACGCUCCCCGCCAUCCAUCUCUCCAACCCAUGACUCCCUCUUGGCCAUGGAUGUCUCACUGCAGGGUGCCAUAGGCCCUGAAGUGUCUUCAUUAUCCAUCCAUGGCAGAGCCGGCUCCUGCCCCAUAGAGAGCGAGAUGCAGGGGGCCAUGGGGCUGGAGCCACUGCACAGAAAGGCAGGCUCUUUGGAUCUGAAUUUCUCCUCAUCUCCCACUCGGCAAGCACCUUUGUCCAUGGCUGCCAUCCGCCCUGAACCCAAGCCACUGCCCAGAGAAAGGUACCGUGUGGUGGUCUCCUACCCUCCUCAGAGUGAGGCAGAGAUUGAGCUGAAAGAAGGUGACAUUGUCUUCGUGCAUAAGAAGCGUGAGGAUGGCUGGUACAAAGGGACUCUGCAGCGGAAUGGCCGCACAGGCCUCUUCCCUGGCAGCUUUGUGGAGAGUUUCUGAGGGUUGUUGCUCUCACCUGGCUUUUUCAGCCAGGGGAGGAUGCCUAGGAAGCCACAGUGUUAGCAGAAGGAGCUUCAGCACCCAGGGCUGGGGGCUUUUCUGAGGCACCUGUCAACGAUAUCCGGACUAGGGUGGGUGGGGUCCUAAUUGUGGAGGCCGCACUUCCACGUGAACCCUCAACCAAGAGCACACACGGGUGUCCAUCCUUCAAGGCCAUGCUGCUCCUCCGAAUGGGCAAUAGCACAGAAGAAGGUGCUCACAUGGGCAGAUGGGCCACUUCUGUACUAUCCAGCAGCCAAAGUGGAACUAGCUGCCUGUGUAAGGUUUGGAGUCUGGGAGGCUGAAGGGCUGGGCUAUGGGCUGGAGCUGGCAGUGCUGGGGAGAAUUUUUCCCUGCUGCCCUGGGAUUCACCUCUCUAUAUACCUCAGACACCAGCCACCUGGCCCCUCAGCAAGAGUAUUUAUGAUCCGGGGGCCUCAUAUGAGUCUAGAGAGUCCCUCACGAUGUGCUAGACAAGUCUUGUUGGGGACUGGAGCACAAUCCUUGUGGAUUUGUUUCCUGCCAGGAUUAUAAGCAACACCUAUUAGUUUCAACACCACUGUCCCUGUACAUUGCUUCAUUUUGAUGACAUCUUUUUAAUGUACAACCCUUAGAUUUUAUAUAUUUCUAAUAGGUAUAAGUCAGACAUUGCCUAUUUUUCAUACAUCUGGUGCUGCCUUUUUGUAAAACUAGUAAUGACUUGAGUGAGCUUGAAAGACAAAAUGUCUGAGGUGGCAUCAAAGGAGAGUUUUAUAUACUUACCAUGUGAAGUUUGAAGCACACUGGGGAGCCUCUGUCCUCAACAUCAGAGUGUUGGCCAGUGCUCGGUGGGGUGAAUAUGAGGUUGUAGGUAGUUGGAAACAUCUGAUAUCUUUAAACUCUUACCCAAAUCCCAAGCUUUGUCUAGACAGAGAUAAUUUAUGAUUCAAGAGCUGAAAACAUACCAAGGAAAUACAACUGCCCUUUUGUGUGGCAGUAAAAACACACAAGCUGAUUCUGGCCUAGGGUAGGAGAAAGUUCUUUUGGUGCCUGCAGAGACAAUGACUAACAAUUAUCAUACUCAAAACAUAAUUUGGAAGCUGGGAAGAUGGCUCAGCAGGUAAGAGCACUUUCUAAGUAAGCAUGUGAGCCUAAAUUUGAUCCCCAAUUGAGAGAAAGAGAGAGAGAGAGAGAGAGAGAGAGAGAGAGAGAGAGAGAGAGAGAGGAAGGAAAACAUGAAUUCUUGCUUCAAAAUACAGUUUUUUUCAAAGCUCAGGUUACUACCUUGCAAAAGAGUUUUUUUUCCUCUUAAAAACCAACUUCCCACAUCAAGCCAGGCAAAAUUGCAUCUGCUAGAGAGCAAAGGCACUAUGAGCACAUGGUCUGGUCCAUGGCUUACAGAUGCGCAGAGUCUAGGGGUGCUGAAAAGUGAGAGCAGAAGGUCCACCUUGACUCUGGGGCUUUCUGGUUUCAUUAGACAUGUAACAACUCACUUCCCAAAAGCUAGCCUGAAGGGCCUUUCAGAAGGUAUGAUAUUCACGCUAUUAAAAUAGUUUUUAUCAUCUCAAAAAUGAUUUGGGAUCCUUUAUGUAUAUUUUUACAAAAUCCUCCAGACCUAAGUUAAGUUGAAUAAGUAGUCUUUGGUAGUAGUGGCUAGCACUAACUUUCAGACAUGCCACACAUGACAGAAACGCAUCUCUUGUCUGACAUGAAGCCUUUGAAAUAGACUUAUCUGAAGAUAACUUCCCAUUUGGGGACAUAAGUUGACUAAUUAUGACUGCCACAUGGCUGCCACAUGGAAGCAAAUUUUUUCCACCCUCUAGAUGAUCAUGGACUUACCGGACCUGAGAACUUUUUAUGAAUCAAAGGGAAACUGAAACUCUGGUUUAAGCACAAGGAAUCUGGUUGCUGACAACCAGAAGGUUAUUGCUAAAUUACUUCCCCACCUGUGCACAAAAGACCUAUGUAUGUUUAAAUUCAGGCUGUCAAAAAGAAAAACGGUGCACAGAUUUACACUCUGGGUGAGACAUGUUUCCCAGAUAAUAAAAAUAUAGUCUUUUCCUUUUCCCUUAAAUGAGGGCAUCUCCCAACCAAUAGAAAGGACCAACUCUGGCUCAUUUUCCUCUCAGCUGCUGCCCACAUGUGUUCAUAGUGGGAAUGUGCCCGGCCACUUAGUGAUGAUUAGUAGGGGAUAGUCUAAUAGAAAGCUGGGACACAUAUCAAGGUACCAUUAGAAAACCCCAGUUGUCCCCUCUCCUAGCAGAAUCAGGAGUGGGCAUUGAGGGAAAUGAGGGAACUGAGGCCCUGGAGCUCAUUCGCAAGUAAAAGUGGGGCUCCUUAAAAUACAAGACCAGCCUCAUGUAUUGUCGGAGUAUUUUGAACAUUAUCCAGCCCUUUGGCCUUCAACACCAUACAAUCCACAGGCAAGAGCAGAAAAGAAGUUCAUUUUCUCUAGCCACCUUUCUUCUCAAGGACAUAUGUCUUGGCAACCAAGAUGAGGCCAGAGCCUCAUCUGGAGCCUUCACAUUCCGUAUCUAUGACAUGUACUUCUAAGUUGUGCAGUGGUAUUUGAUAGUCAAAAUUAUUUUCUUUGAAUAGCAAAGUAUAGUUCAGAGUCCUGAGUGAGGUCGGAAGUCACCAAGAUGAUAGGACAUCCCAGCCCCCAGAGGUCUGAAAGAGGAAGGGUAGCAAACAGGAUGGCAGUAGGGUAUGAAUGCCUUGCUGGGCACCACAAAACUAUUGCAGUCGACCAAAGUAUAAGAAAACCCUUAUACUUCCAUGUGUGUGCACAUGCAUGUGCACACACAUACACACAGUAUUUCUGUUAUGUACCAAUGUCUAUGUGAUUUUGGAAGAAUUGGCAUUGGUGACAAAUUAUGAUGCCUGUGUUUCCGAGUCUUUAAAUAAAAAUGAACCUGGA